ACCGCGGAGCGGCCCUGUGCGCAUGGGCAGUCUCCUGGGCUCCAGCCGGCUCUCCUCCAACCGCCCUCACUGCCCUCAGCAGUAUCCAGCAGUAUCACCUUGACAGUCCUCCCAAAGCGUCGCCAAGUCUAAGGAAGGAGGUUCCGACAUGGCUGAGAAAGGAGAGGAGCAGGUCGAGAGCCUUGGCGCCCUGGAGUACCCAGCGAAACAGGUGGAGGAGGGGGAGGAGGCGGAGGAAGAGGAAGAGGUGCUGACGAAGGAGGUGGAGGUGGGUGCGGAUGGCGUCUCGGCCAUGCACCCAGACCUCCUGGAGCUGGAGGUGGACCGGGAGAAGUGCCGCAACAUCCGCAGGCACUACCGGCAGCUCAUCUACUGCGUGCAGCAGAACCGAGAGGACAUCGUCCGCACUGCCAGCGAGUCGCUCACCGAGGCCCUGGAAGAAGCCGAUGUCUUGUUUGACUGUGUGAGCAGAACUAGAGAGGCAGUUCUCGAUGCCCAGUUUCUGGUUUUGGCUUCAGAUCUGGGUAAAGAAAAAGCAAAGCAGUUAAAUUCUGAUAUGCGCUUUUUUAAUCACAUCACAUUUUGUGACGUCCUGUUUGUAUUCGUGGGCCUGAAUUGGAUGGAGGCUGAGUGUGAAGAGUUUAGUGACUGUGAUGACAGUAUAGCGUCUUUCUUCUGGGAGACGGUGCAGAAGGAAGCAACGUCCUGGAUGCUGCGAGCUGAAACAUUCCACUAUAUUUUUGGUUCAUUCAAGGCAGAACAUUCUGCACGAAAGCCCCGACUGGAACAUCACAAAAGAUCUUGCAAAAUGGAAGGAAACGGAGAUAUGCCCAUGAAGUUGAAGAAACUGGACUUGAAUGCUAAUCAGGAGACCACAGAAAAAGAAGUAGAAAGAAUCUUGGGGUUGCUCCAAACCUACUUUGAAAAGUGUCCUGACGUGCCUGUGUCCUAUUUUGAGUUUGUGAUUGAUCCAAAUUCAUUCUCUCGUACUGUGGAGAAUAUCUUCUACGUUUCUUUUAUUAUAAGGGAUGGUUUUGCAAGAAUAAGGCUUGACCAAGACAAACUACCAAUAUUAGAGCCAACUAAUACUAGUCAGGUGGAUGAAGAAAAUGAUUCCUGUUCUUAUGGCAGGAAACAGGGAGUUAUAUCUUUGAGUUUACAGGACUGGAAAAAUAUUAUCUCAACUUUUGAAAUUUCAGAGGCUAUGAUCAAAAACUCAUACUAAAGAUUUUUGUUUGUAAUUAUAGGAGUCCAUCUUGUACUAAAGUAUCUCAAAAUUGAAUCUAAAAAGAGGCACAUAUUCUAGUAAACUAUUUCAAGAACAAACGAAAUUAUCUGUUGUGCAGUGUGCUUUUCUUGGUAGUUUGAAUGUCUUAUACUGUUCUUAGCUCUGAAUUUCUGAAAAGAUAUUAGCCAACUUGCAAAAGAGUCAAGGGAAAUAAGCCUAUUAGGCAGUAAAUGGGCAAUAUUAAGACUUAAAAAGCCUAGAUGACAUGCUUCUUUUCAAAGAGUGGGUAUUCAUAUUCUAACAAUUUCUCUGAUAAGUGAAUUUAACAAAGUAGAGUGUACUGUUAGAAUCAAGCAGCUAAGGGUUGAAAGAUGGAUUCAAUUUAGAAGAGAUGAAAAGCAUUCUAGGAGGAAUAUAGCAAUGUCAAAUGCAUGGAAUUAUGACAAGUGAUUUAUAGAAAACCAUUCUGAGUGUUAAGCUGGCCAGGAAUUGCAGUGACCUUAUGAGUAUUCUCAGAUGUGGAUAUUUUUGUCACAGCCAGUUGCAAGCUCUAUUUGGUUAAUCUGUCACUACUUUUUCUCUGUAAUUUUUACCAGUACAGAGUGUCCCUUCUGAGUCAGCGAUGUUUUGUCAUGUAACAAGUUUGAAUAUUUGUGCCAAUUAAUCCUUUUUUUUUUUUUUCUUUUUUCUUUUUAAACAGUCUUGCUCUGUAUCUGAAACUGUAGCAAGAUCCUUGAACUUCCCAUCCUAAUGCUGGAGUCAGGCACGUGCCACAAUGCCUAAUUCUUUUGUGGGCUUAAGUUGGAUAAAAGGAAGCAAUGCUCUAGACAUUGCAAGUUGGAAACUCCUGAAUUCAGAUGUUUAUCCA